CCGGCGAUGUCGGAUGGCAUCCCGAAACCAUCCACACUGGCAUACAUUUUCACUCAUUCUACAUAAAAGACAUCAAGAUGAGCAUCCCCUUUUUCUUUAGCAUUUGCUUAUUUCAAGUCCAUAGCAUGGCAUCCACCGCUAUUGAAUCCUUGUCCGAUGCGUGGGAACGCGUCAACGAAGGUUAUCCACGAAUUUCCAUUAUCGGUCUCCGGUUGUUGAUUGUCUUCAUUGUUCUUUUCUGGCUACGCGAACAAAUUAAGCCACCGCACAAGAAACGAGGCAAAAAUCGGAGAAAGUAUCGCUUCCCCCCUGGACCCUCGGGGUAUCCUAUUAUAGGGAACUUACUCCAGCUGGGGGCAAGCUCGAGAUGAUGUGGAUCAUAAGUUCAGGAAGUAUAACCAAUGGCCGCUCUCCGUACCCUGUGGCCAGCGAUAUUGUAAGUCGCAAAGGCCGGUCUCUGGUCCUCCCUCUGGCGCAAUGGGCAGAGAAGCGCUGGUAUCGGAAUCACUAUCGCUAUGCCAACUCGGUAGUACAUCGGAUCGCGUUAGGAGAGCGAAUCGUGGCGGCCGGAAUACUAGGGUUCGGGAUAAAUAUAUAUAUCCCGCGGGGUUUUCAGGGCCAAGUGUAACCUUGCGAAAAUAUAGUUACAUAUCCAUUUGUUUUCAAAAGACA